UUGACAAGUGUGCAGGUGAAGAUCAGGCCUUGAUUACGGUGUAAAUGGACCAUGGGGAAGGAUCAGGAGCUGCUAGAGGCAGCGAGAAGUGGGAAUGUCACCGUGGUCGAGAAGAUUUUGGGUCAACGAGCGAAGAGGAGUGGUCCACUGGCAAGCUUACGGCGGGGUCCGGGGGCUAACGUGCAAGACACCAGUGGAUACUCCGCCCUUCAUCACGCAGCUUUGAACGGUCACAAGGAGGUGGUAAAGUUAUUGCUCCAAUAUGAGGCUUCCACUAACGUCGUCGACGCUAAAGGCUCUUCGCCGCUUCAUUUGGCAGCUUGGGCGGGCGACGCUGAAAUCGUGCGGUUAAUUCUUACCCAAGGACCUUCGGUACCUAAAGUGAAUCUUACGACGAAGGACAACGAGACAGCGUUGCACUGUGCAGCACAGUAUGGGCACACGGAAGUGGUGGCACAGCUGUUGCAAUACGGAUGCGACCCCAGUAUCCGCAACAGCCGGGGAGAAUCUGCGCUCGAUCUCGCUGCACAAUAUGGCAGACUGGAAACCGUGCAAUUACUCGUUAGCACGUAUCCGGAGCUGAUCGUGCCCCUUCGGAACUCUUCCUCGUCGGUGAUUUUUCCUCAUACACCGCUGCAUUUGGCUUCGCGAAAUGGCCAUAGAGCCGUUGUCGAAGUGCUGCUCGCUGCAGGCGUCGACGUAAAUACGAGGACGUCUGCAGGUACCGCAAUGCACGAGGCUGCACUCUGCGGAAAAAUGGAAGUGGUGCGGGCACUUCUCGACAGAGGGGUCGAUUUGGGCAUAAGGGAUUCGAGGCAGAACACGGUGCUGGAUCUUUUGGGCCAGUUCCCACCCCACGUCACGCACGAUAUCACCGCGGUGAUAAAAAGGCAUAGGUCAUCCUCCGGCGUGGAGAGCGAUGCCGACAGCGAAAACUUGCCACCUAUUCCGGUCCAAGGCGGCGAUUCAUUGGGCAGCCCUUACGAAAACGUUCGGCCGGGGGACGAUCUCUCACCGGCGGAAGGGACGUCGCCGACCCAAUGGCAGUUCUAUCACAAGCCUCGAGACGACGAUCGUCGCGUUUCCGGCACUUCCGUUAUGUCUUUUGAAGACGAGCAGAUCGGGGGUCCGGUGAACGGUGUACGGAGGACCCUCCAGCAGACAGAGGACUCCGACCCCAGUUCCGUCUUCGACAGUGUCUUUAUGUCCAUGUCCGACACUCUGAACUCGAUAAACACUUUCGACAGUUCCGAUCAAACUCCCGACGACAAACCACAAAACACUACCACCAACAGAAUACCGUUAGCACAACGCGACACCACACGGGGUUCCGACAGCGGAUUGUACCAAACGCCACCGGUACCUCGAGGAACAAUGGAGGGUAGCUUCGUGUCGGAGGAUCUGUCCUUGACAUUACCCACGGGAUACGGGGGUGGCAGGGAGUCGGACCAAUUGAGCGUUUCCUCGUCCUCGAGCGUCGGUGGACCGAGCCCACGGGACCGGCGUUGUUUGCCCAACGAUUCCAGCGCCGCUGGGAUUUACUUGCCAAUGGCACCCUUGUCCAGUUCUCUCCACAGCCCCGCCUCUAACAAUAAAGUCUCGCCAACGCCGCCGAAGAAGCCGCCUAGACGCAACCUGUCCGUGUCGCCGACCCAGCUGCAGACCCAGAUGUCCUUGUCCGCGGAUUGCACGCUCGGUCCGAGCAACUACGAGUACUUGUUCAUGGCUCGUAGCGGUGCCCGUAGUCACAUCGAUCUCGAACAGCUGCAAAAACGCCGGGACCAAUUGCGUCACGUGACCAGGAGCGUGGACCAAUACGUGGAAAUGAAGUCACGUGUGCAGGACAGCGAGGAGAGGCGCGACAACAACGUCGAACCGGUCGCGAUCACCUCGAUCUACGAGAACCGGCCGAUCAAGACGUUGAAUCCACGACGGAAGUUGCGCAGGCACGCAUUCGACAGCUUCGAGCCAGGUAGCAGCCCGUGCGCUGACAAAUCCCCGUGCAGCGAGAUCGACUCGGUCAUACAGGAGCAGACGUUCGUGUCCAGCGCGUUUCUCACCUUGAAGUCCUCGCAGGAGAGUCUUUUGGACGAGAAACGCGACACCAACGACGAGUCGGCGAACGAGGGCCGCGAGGCGAUGGACAAGCGCCUGAAACGAGUACAAAUGAUGCUACCGACCAGUCCCACCCACUACGCACAACCACCGACCCCGGAUCAUCCGCCGCCGUCGGCGAAACAGGCGGAGAAGUCCAUACACGAGCGGAUCGGUCCGUUGAGUCAGGUAUACAAACGGAGGUCCCGCGACAUGGAAACGGAAACCGACGAGGAUUUACUGCAGUUUCCGGCCGGCGGCAGCUUGGACGCGUCCAGCGGCUCGUUGUCGAGCGUGUCCCUGUCGGACAAGAGCAUGUCCACGGACAACGUCGAGGAAUACUUCGGGGACGUGCCGUUCGCAGGUUUGUUGAAAGGAUCCGUGACGGCUGAACGGCCGCGAACGCUGCGACGGUUGAAGAACGUUUACGGGCCAUCCGCAUGCGGAAUGGGAACCGGCGGCGAGGGUGGAGGCGGCGACCGUAUCGAGGACGGUGAGGUACCGUUCCGAUUGUCCGAUCGCGACCGCGAAAGGGACGAGAAAUCCCUGAGUAUAAUGAGCCCGUUCGACGAGCAGGAGGAAUGGGCGAAGAUCUCGGAGAUCAUGGCGUCCUUUGGGACCGGACUGGUCAGGGAAUCGGUUUUCGUCACCGAGCUCGAGAAAGAGUUCCAAACGAGGCUAGGUCUGAGUUCAGACACCAGCAGCAGCCCCAUUGUCUCCACUUCCGUUGGUCAGUGGCUGUCAACGUUGGGUCUGGCGGAUUACGAGACUCUCUUCAUCAACUACGGUUUCGACGAUCUCGACUUCAUAAACGGAGUCCUGGACGAGGCUGAUUUGAAGGAUAUGGGGAUCAACAGCGAUCAAGAACGGGCGGUGAUCAUGGACGCGGUCGGUUUGUUGAACAAACGCAUGGACAAACGUCCCGGCGGGAACAGUCAAUCGGUGGACGAAUGGCUGAAGAGUAUUCACCUGGAGAAUUACACGGAGACGUUCAGGAAACACCUGUACACCGACAUGGAUCGCGUUAGACGGGUGUGGGAGGUCGAGCUGGCGGCCGUGUUGGAAAUCCAAAAGCCAGCCCACAGAAAGAGGAUCCUUGCGUCGGUCAGCGGCUCGAAUACUCGUGCGCAGAAUCGCAAUAGCACCGGGCCCAACUUGGAGGACCUCAAUAAGGAUUUGAACACGUUGAAGACGAACAUACAACAGUUGAAGGAGGAGAUACGGGAAAAACUGCCGGAAACAACGACGGAGGGUAAUGGAGGGACGUCGAUAACCGGAACGAAUUCGACUACCACGGGCACAUUAAGGCACCGCAAAAACAGACCGGCCCCGCAGCCACCCCAGCGACCCAGUUCGCAUAAUGGGGCGAUCUCGGCACCGGAACAACUGGAGAUCAGGGCACCGUCGGAGCUGCUGUUCGGCGUGCCGUCCACCUUGAAGACGCAAUGGAGGCACCAGCCAAAAGCUCUAGUCACCGGCUGCGUCACGUACGUCGCCAACUAUCUGGGCUCCACCGUCGUGAAGGAACUACGUGGCACCGAAUCGACAAAGAAGUCCAUACAGAAGCUGAAGAAAACCUGCCGCGAGCCGAGAGUCACUCCUGACAUCACUCUGGCCAUUUCUUAUCGCGGUGUUCGUUUCUUGAAUACCGUUACUAACGAGCCCAUUUGCGAACACGAAAUUCGCAACAUCCAUUGCGCUUGCCAGGACGCCGACGAUCUUACCCAUUUCGCGUACAUUACUAAGGACCAUGCCAGCCGCACACAUUUUUGUCACGUCUUCUGUGUGCCAACAAUGGACCAAGCGACAGAGGUGAUCCUGACUCUAGGCCAAGCGUUCGAAGUGGCCUACCAAAUGGCGCUGAGGGACAAGCUAGGCGGUCACACGGUCCGGUCCCAGUCCGCGAACCAAUUGACAGCGUUCACCACGAAAUCACCAGCGUCCACCAAGCUCUCUGUGUCCCCUGACUCCGCGCCGGAUCCAAGUCGCGAUCUGGAUCAGUCGACGAACAUAAAUUCGUGCACGAACGCAAAACCAAAGCCAAGGUCCAAGUCAUCCAUGCCAAAUCCGAUCAUCCAAGUCCCUGGUCCUCCACAGUACACGAACUCGAACUCCAGUUCCGGUUCGAGCCACACCGCGAAUUGUACUUCGAGCUCGAACCCAGCGACCAGCCCCAGCACCAAUUCCGUCAGCAGUUCGAACUCGAACACCAGCACGAAUCCGACCACCAAACCGUUGGUCACCCACGGACGGUCCCAUUCGGUGAACGACAUCAAACUGAACGGUAAUCAGCUGAAGCUAGCACCCGUGCCCGUCGAUGACAUUGGCAUAGGGGUGAAGGACAUGAAACCAGGAUCCAGAGCGCCGAUCGCCCUGUCAGAGGAGCUAUAG